AUGGAUCACAUAGAAGGGACCUUUUACUUGGAGAAAGAGAUUGCAAUCGAGCCUGAUCUUGGAGAUUUGCGAAAGUCCACCGACAAGGCUCUACCUGCGCCUCCCAAGACGCCGAAGAGGGUGUUGAUGAAGUAUCGCUUCUCUGCCUUCUUCCCAAUCGCAUUUGCUGUUGCGAGCUUCGUGCUUACGCUGGUGCUGGUGCUCGCAGGAAGCGAUGAACACACUUUCGGUGGGCAGUACAUGGUGACUCUGAACAACUCUGCGGUUACCCAAGAAGGCAGGCAGCCAGAUGCGCCAUCAACGAGAUCGGAAGGUGUAAUUGAGGAAGCGCUCGCAGACGUCUACUUUCUUUAUCUAAGGACAGCGUGCUCUGGGUCCAUUUCGAAGUCUCCGGACGACGCUUCCGACGUCGUCAUUGUAGAACGAUGUGAAAGCUACAGCACAGCCAGCAAUCUCCUAGUUUCUACGCUCCUCAAUAACAUGGUCACUAUACUGGCCGGCGUGCGACAAGCGAUAUUUGCUUCCUUACUCAUCUCGCUCGUCGGUGCUGGGUUGUCCGCCGUCUCUGCUAUUCCUGCCAUCUUCUUCCCACACUCGAAACUCCUCGCCUACUUCAACAUGUUCUGGCCGGUCUUUGCAAGCGCAUUCGCCUUUGUCGCCGCCAUCUUGCUGACGGUAGUUAUUUCUGGCGUCUUUCCAGUGGUUGGCAAGAUUGUCGACGUCGCUGGCACGGACGUCGUUCAAGCGACGGUGCCGUCCAAGGAGCCUGUGCCCCGAGGUUUCACAGUCAAGGCAGACAAGCAGCAAGGGCCAAUGGUCGAGAAUGAACACGACCACUUUUUCUGGACAUACACCGAGGAGCCACACAGGACACGGCGCAUGGCCAUCAUCAAGGCACACCCAGAGGUGACGAAGCUCUGUGGCCCUGAGCCUCUUACCAAAUACCUUGUCCUGCUCGUCGUAUCCAUCCAAGUCCUAUGUGCAUACGCUCUGCGCAAUACACCCGUUGUAUCGUGGCCCUUCUUCCUCACCGCAUACGUCAUUGGUGCUACGGCCAACCAGAAUCUCUUUCUCGCCAUCCACGAGAUCUCACACAAUCUGGCCUUCCGAUCGCCGCUGGCCAACAGGGUCUUCGCCGUCUUUGCGAACCUGCCAAUUGGCAUCCCGUACAGCGCCUCGUUCAGGCCCUAUCAUCUGACACACCACAAGUCGCUGGGUGUCAAUGGUCUCGACACAGAUCUGCCCACCGCCUUUGAAGCCAUCUUCCUCGACUCGGUCGCCGGCAAGGCUUUCUUCGCGACCUUCCAGAUCCUCUUCUACGCCCUGCGACCCAUGUUCGUCUACGCCCUGCCAAUGACCAAGAUCCACCUCUUCAACGUCGUCGUACAGCUAGUCUUCGAUUACGCACUCGUUAGAUUCGCAGGAGGAAGGGCCUUGGGAUACUUGAUCAUGAGCAGCUUCCUCGCCGGCUCUCUCCACCCCUGCGCCGGCCACUUCAUCGCCGAACAUUACGUUUUUGAGAAGCCCAACAAGGACGCUGCGAAUCCCGCCAACAAGAUUCCGCUCCCGGAAACAUACUCGUACUACGGACCUCUGAAUUUCUUCACCUACAACGUUGGCCUGCACAACGAGCACCACGACUUCCCUGCCAUCCCCUGGACGCGCCUACACACCUUGAACCGCAUCGCGCACGACUUCUACAAAGACUUGCCACAACACAAGAGCUGGGUGUACGUUUUGUGGCAGUUCAUCUGGGACAAGGACAUCAGCCUUUGGUGCAGGGUCAAGAGAGAGGAGGGUGGACGCAAGGUCGGUGCUGGGAGUGGGUGGAACGAGGAAGAGCUGGGCUCGAACGAAAAGAAGGGCCCUAUUCCUGGUGUGUUAUAA